AUGUCGACUAAACUAUCGAGCUCACUUCAGCACGCGGAUCGCCUCGUCGCGGUGCCACUCCUUCACUGUCUGCGGGUCGGCGUGCCGGAUCGAGGUCCUGACCUCCUGCCCCGAGGCAUUGAACAAAUCGCCGGGGCACAGGAUGAGAACGACGCUGCAAUGUGCUCCCGGAAGCGCCAGGCAGUAGCCACGGUGGGGGGGGCAGUGGAGGAGGCAGCAGCAGGCGCCAGCACGGUGGACGCUGAGGUGGCACAGGAGGUGGCAGGGGCGGUGCAGGGGAUGGCAGACGCCGUCCAGGAGGUGGCCGAGGCCGGGCGGCAGGCGGUGGCACGUAGUGCGACGGUGGGGAUUGCGGUGCAGAGCGGUGCGAGGGGGUUGGUGAGAGAGCAAGUGGAGGCGCUGGUGGUGGAUGCAGAUGCACGGGUGCGCGUGCAGGCAGGGGACAGCCUGUGGCGCAUCUCACAACGAUGCCAGGUGAUGGGCGAGUGA